AUGUACUCAAAAUGUGGGCUUGUAGGUGAUGGGUUUAGAGUGUUUGAUGAAAUGCCUGACAGAAACCUUGUCACUUGGACUUUGAUGAUCUCGGCUGCUGUCCAAGAUGGUCAAUUUGAAUGGGGAUUGGAAAUUAAUUUGGGAUUAAUGAGAAGUGGGUUGAGGCCGAAUGAAUUCACUAUUCUGGAGGAUAUUGAAUCGGCUAAAGGAGUGAUUGAAUCUAUGUUAAAUCUUGAUACUGCUGGUUGGAAUACUAUGAUUGGAGGGUAUGCUCAAUGCGGCAAUGGCCUUGGAGCCUUGAGGCCUUGGAGCCUUGAGGCCUUGAAGCCUUGA